UUUCAGGGCGGGACACAAAAAUAUCCAAAGGUAACUCUCAAGAUCCCGUUUACGUUUCACGUAAUCACAACAGACACUCAGAAUAGACGUUAACAUCAUCAAUAGCCAAUGAGCACUUAAAGCGCUUACAGGCAAACUACUUGAAGCGCGGGAAAACGCGGGUGACCCAGUCGCGACUGGUUUUCAUCUUACAUCUGAUUGGUUGAAAAGGAGGCAAUAGCAGAUUACUUUUGCCGCUCAAUGUUGAAAUUUUUUCUAAUCAAAGCACGACACAAUAACCCCGGCCAUGGCUGAUAACAAAUUGAGACUCGAUCUGUGGUCAGGGUAGCACACAGGCAACUCUCAAAAAAAAAAAGCCAAAAUUUAAUUAAAAAGUUCUCCUUCAAAUUUUAAAAUGUGAUAACUUUCAUUGCGCGUUUUUGUUUCUCACCCUUCAAUUCAUAAAAUGGUGUCCAAUUCAAACAUUUUCCCAUUUUAGGAUAAUUCACAAUGUUGCAGAUGUUUUCAUGGCACCCCAGGAAACCCAGGGACUUCAGGAAAUCCAGGAAUACUAGGCCAGCACGGCGCCCCAGGACAGCAGGGAGCUCGAGGGGAGCCUGGUGCGAUUGGAGCACCUGGUCUGCCCGGCAGUUCAGCGGCAUCAAACUGGAAACAAUGCGCAUGGAAGAACGACAAUAGCGAAGUAGACGACAGCAAAAUAUCUGUAAGUAUGUUUUUUUGGUAUGUCAUUUGUAUUCCGGCUUCGUGCGCUAUUAGAAACUCUGAAAUGAUCAUUGAGUGAAGAAGACUAGCGGUUUGAUUGUUGAAAUGUUGCGAUCUUCACGUGAUAGCUGGUUUUCAACUGAUGGUAACUUUACAUUGUGAGGGAAACUAUUAAACAUUACUCAUCAUCACAUGCGUAAUAAACAAUUUUUUGAGAACAUGAUGCGACUUACGUGUCUAUCUCCUCUCUCUGAUUUUUCAGGAGUGCUCAAUUAUAAAUAA